CCGCAGGGGCUGCCGGGAGCCUGCGGAGCCGAGCCGGCUGUGCCAUGCUGCUCUUCUGCCCGGGCUGCGGGAACGGGCUGAUCGUGGAGGAGGGACAGCGCUGCCACCGCUUCGCCUGCAACACCUGCCCCUACGUGCACAACAUCACCCGCAAGGUAACAAAUCGGAAGUAUCCAAAGCUGAAAGAAGUGGAUGAUGUGCUUGGCGGAGCAGCAGCCUGGGAGAAUGUUGACUCUACCGCAGAGCCAUGUCCUAAGUGCGAACACCCCCGUGCCUAUUUCAUGCAGCUUCAGACCCGCUCUGCAGACGAGCCGAUGACCACCUUCUACAAAUGCUGCAGUGCUCAGUGUGGGCACCGCUGGAGGGACUAGGCCCAGGCGGGCCCAGCCGUGCCGUUGUCUGCUUACCUUGUUCCCCAGGCUAGAUUCCCAGCCAGGAGUGUGAACUGUUUGUCCCGAAACGUCUUGGCUGGCGUGGCGAAAAGCUAGCCCUUUCGGGGGCGCCGGUGACGGUGCCACAGCUGUAGCCCGUCGGCAGUCAGUGGCUGAGCUCCGUUACGUGCAGGGAGAUUUGUGUGUGGGAUGGGGGAUGCAGAAGGAAGGGUGAUCCGUUUAAUGUCCUGCUCAGCAAUGUCAUAUGUGUAUUGGCUAACAGACAUUCUCUCUUCAUUACCCUUCUUAAAUAUGUACCCCGUUUGCACAGCUUAUAAAGUAACAUUUUAUAAUGUAGUACAUCGGAUGUCCCUAAGUAUUUAACUGUUAAUUGUAAACUUAUUUUACCACCAUCUAUUCUGAGUAUUUAAUUAAAAUGGAAAGUCCAGUA